UUUUGUAAUAUCUUCUCGUUUAGGUGUGAACGCAACGCAAAAUUGCAAGCAAAUACUUAUUCGCUGAUUAUAAGAUAUACGUAUGUGAUUUAGUUGGUGAACUUGUGUGUAAAAUGAUUUUGUAAUUUCCUGUUUGGAUUGGCAGUCUUAGAUUUUACUAGGUACAGGAAAGAGCAGCCAUGAGUGUCAUCAUAAGACUACAGAAUCUUCCGUGGUCCGCAAAUGCGCUGGACAUUAGGAAUUUCUUUCGGGGCCUCUCAAUUCCAGAAGGCGGAGUGCACAUCGUAGGCGGUGAACUUGGAGACGCGUUCAUUGCCUUCAGUACGGACGAGGAUGCCCGCCAAGCGAUGAUGCUCGAUUGCGGAAAAAUAAAGGAGAUCCAGGUCAAACUACUCCUGAGCUCUCGCUCCGAGAUGCACAAGGUCAUCGAACAAGCGAGACAGACGGUGCCGAUCCUCACGCUCACGGCUCCCGCCCCGGCCCCCGCGCCGCCGCCGGCCCCCGUCCUCCCCGCGCCGGUCACCGUCACCCCGACCAUCAACCCUUUCUCAGCCGCUCUAGGUAACUCCAUGUCAGGCUUCGGCAUCCCCGGAAUUGGCAAUCCUAACGAGAUCCCGCAACCCGCUGUCAUUGAACCACCCGCGCCGCUUGUAAGCCCCACUGAAAUUCUAGAUGAAGACGACAGGACAGAAAGGAAACGCAGCAAGGAAAAGGAUAGACGGCGUUCGCGAACGCGAUCCAGGUCACGUGAUAGGGAUCGGAAGGACCGUAAACGGGAUAGGCGCGACCGAUCGCGCUCACGCGAGAGACGCCGUAAUAGGGAUCGCAGCCGCAGUCGCGAUAGACGAGAUCGUAAACGGGACAGGAAAGACCGCAGCCGAUCGCGAGACCGAUCUGAGAGGACCUCGCCUCGCCGCUCCCAUGAUCGUCGCAACAUUCGCAAGAGUCCUGAUAAGACGAUCAAUCUUGUUGACGAUACCCCCGCGCCGCCGCCGGCGCCGAUGCUCGGCAAUGCGAAUCAAGGCAAUCCAAACAUGCAGCAAAUCAUGAACAACGCCAUCGCUUCCAUGCAGGGAUCACCCAACGCGAUGGAUUCGCCGGUAAACAGAUUCAAUGAUCCCACUAUCAAUGACGCUUACAACAAACUGAGUGAACUGGGUAAAAAGCGUAAUCCUAACGCCUUCCAGGGUGAGCAGAAUGGAGGAAACAGAUUUGCAGGCGGAAGAGGCGGUGGUCCUCGAGGUGGCGGUAAUUUUAGGCGAGAGGGUCGCUCUCGCUUUGAAAACGAUCAGCAACACACUACACCAGACUGUUGCGUGGCCAUCAGAAACGCGCCCAACCAUACCAGCUACGGAGACGUCCGUCGCUUCUUCCCAUUCCUCAUCGACAAGCAUGGAAUCAAGAUGAUUAACGACAACACCGGCCGUCGCACCGGCAACAUCUUCGUGAGAUUCUGCGAUCCUCGCUCUAAGCAGCUCGCUUUACAACGGAAGAAUAACGAGUUGAAGGGCGAGAUGGUCGUAGUAGAAGCGUUAGAUGAUGACACUUAUGAGAGCGCAGCGGACUCGUACUUGCCAUUCCGAGAUGGUAACGCUCCCGAAGAGAACCAACCACGCAUACCUCCCCCACAACAAGCCCCUAUUUGUAGCGUUCUGCGUCUCUCAGAGCUUCCAAAUUUUGUCAAAGAACACGAUAUCAUUAAAACCUUCAGCGAUUUCUCUCUACUUUCUAUCAUGCUCAACGACUGCCGCAUGACCAGAACUAAAACCGCCUUCGUGCAGUUUGCAAAGCCCGAAGACGCGAGAAUGGCGAUUGAAAGGCGGAACAGUUACGCAUUCGGAAAAAGACUGCCUAUUAUCACAGCUAUCACUGACGAAGAGUAUGAAAAAGAAAAGACUAUUCAGAGUGAAAAGAUUGAUUUUCCGAGUCAGAACGAGCCGCCGCCUAUAGAGCCGGUGGAAGAGCGAGGGCCUAGAGACCCGCGCCAGCGGAGAUUCGAAGGCGCUCAGCCCCAGGAGCCCCCUCAAGGCCAACAGCCAGUACCCUUCUUUACGGCGCCCUUCGUUCAGCAGCAACAACCCUUCGCUAGCAACUUCUCUCCGACGCCGCAGUUCGGCGGAUUCCCUGGGAAUGGUGCCAUGGACCCGCGCACCGCCGCCGCCAACUGGGCCAAUCGUCCCGGCCUCCCUAACCAGAUGCAGCCUCAGAUAACGCAAGGACCCGACAUAGAAGACGAGCUCGACUGCGUGCUCAUGAAGGGUCUGCCUUGUGACGCCACGGACCGUACUAUAGUAAAGUUCUUGUCUGAUACAGGCGCGGUACCGGCCCGAAUCCAUCUCAUGCUAGAUCCCGCCGGCAUCCCUUCGGGCGAUUGCUUCUGCGAGUUCCGUACGGCAAGCGAAGCGCGCCGGGCGGCUUCCAAACACGGACAUAAUCUUGACGGCUGCAGAGUUACUGUCGAUUUAGUGCCACGCGGCGUCGUAGAGGAAGCUCUAGAAGGGCCUAAACAGCCUGAUCUAAGAGACGGACUAAUGGAUAACGGUCCACAUGGAAACGGUCCUCCGCAGUUCUUCGAUGGUCCGCGCGGUGCCAAUCGCGGCGGCUUCCGUGGCAGAGGAGGAUUCGAUCGCGGCGGCUUCGAUCGCGGCUUUGACCGAGGCGGUUUUGAUCGCGGCGGUUUCAACAGAGGUUUCGACCAGGGCAGGGGCUGGAACGACCGUGGGCGUGGUGGUUUCGACCGUGGGCGCGGUCGCGGCGGUUUCGACAGGGGUCGCGGUCGCGGCAGAGGUCGAGGGGGCUUCGAGAACGGCGGCCGCGACACGCGCGACAUGCGCGAGGAUGACGACUCGGCGCUGGAAGACUUCGGCGCCCCGGGCUGUGUGUUGUCUUUAGAGAACGUCCCGUUCCGUGCUUCAGUCGACGAUAUCCUCAGCUUCUUCGGCGACUUCGAGCUUACUCAGGAUGACGUCAUAAGACGUUACAACGAGCGCGGUCAACCGACGGGCGACGCGAGGGUCGCCUUCCGUACGCCGUUUGACGCUCAACGCGCGCUCAACACCCGCCACAUGGGAACCAUACAGGACAGGAGAGUGAGCGUGACGCUUCUCUAGCGCGGUGACAAGGGCUCGGACUCGGAUUCGAGCGACGAGCGGAUCUACACACUUAUGUAAAUAUAGUGGAAUAGCAGUGUGGACAGACUGAUAUUAAUUGUAUGGUUUACAACGUUGAUUCAUACAAAUUAUGUGAAGGUCCCUUUAGACAUUACUU